GGACACCAAAUAUUGACAAAAACUCGGAAUACAAUGAGAAGGAAUGCCAGACAACGAAGGCCUAGAAUUUAGGGGGACGAUACAAUGCAGACACAAUAAAAAGUUUAGGACAGUGUAUGCAAAGGAAGCGCAGCAUAAUAAUUUAUGCCCAAGAAUACAUACUCUAUAUCUGAGAUGACGUCUGAAACCAAUUUGCAUUUUGCUUUUCCCGAGAAUGAGAAUCCCCCCACUCCAAAACUCUUUAUUAUACUCGCACAUACAUACACAAUACACACAUGGUGGUUAGAUAUUGUAAACUAUACUCACUGCCUCUCUGUCUGCAUAAAUACAUAAUCUCUCUAGCAACAAGUACAAGGUAUACACCCUUAUAAUCAAUCAAGCCCCAAGUCAUCAUUUCAUCAAUCCCUUGCCUUGAAGAUGGUGGGCGGUGGCAACUCUAAAUCAGACAUUUCUUUACCUGGCACUUUCGCUAGUAGUGCUUUUGCUGCUUGUUUUGCUGAGAUCUGUACAAUUCCCUUGGAUACUGCUAAGGUUAGGCUUCAACUACAAAAGAAAGCUCUUGUAGGCGAUGGAGUCGUUUUACCAAAGUACAAUGGUAUGUUGGGUACAGUUGGCACGAUUGCAAGGGAAGAAGGUCUAUCUGCCCUCUGGAAAGGCAUUGUACCUGGAUUACAUCGGCAAUGCUUGUUUGGAGGGUUGAGGAUUGGAUUAUAUGAACCUGUCAAGAAUCUUUACGUGGGUGAAAAUUUUGUUGGCGAUGUACCUUUAACCAAGAAGAUACUAGCUGGGCUUACAACUGGUGCGCUUGCUAUUGCGGUGGCAAAUCCUACCGAUCUUGUGAAAGUCCGACUUCAAGCUGAAGGGAAACUAGCACCUGGUGUUCCAAGGCGGUAUAGUGGAGCUCUGAAUGCGUACUCCACAAUAGCAAAACAGGAAGGAGUACGUGCCUUAUGGACUGGACUUGGGCCGAAUGUUGCACGCAAUGCAAUCAUAAAUGCGGCUGAGUUAGCUAGUUAUGAUCAAGUGAAGCAGACAAUUUUGAAGAUCCCAGGGUUUACUGACAAUGUUCUUACGCAUAUAUUAUCUGGUCUGGGAGCAGGUUUUGUUGCAGUCUGCGUGGGGUCUCCGGUUGAUGUGGUCAAAUCAAGAAUGAUGGGAGAUUCGACCGCAUACAAAAAUACACUCGACUGUUUUGUGAAGACUUUGAAGAAUGAUGGCCCUUUUGCAUUCUACAAGGGCUUCAUUCCAAAUUUUGGACGGCUUGGAUCUUGGAAUGUGAUCAUGUUUUUGACGUUGGAGCAGGCUAAGAAGUUGGUUAAAAGUAUAGAGUCAGCUUGAGUAAAAGAAUGCCGCAGCAGGAUAUGUGAUCCUCAUUAAGUGCUAAUUAAUAAAUUAAACUAUACCUGAUAAAGUAAAUUAAAGUAAAAUUUGAGUUCAAAUCAUAAAGUUGUAGCCUGUAGGCCAUCUGGUGCAAUAGAAUUUUUUGCUUGAAAAAGAUUAUGCUCUGAUAGUAACAGCUUUGUAGAGGAAAAUAGCUUUGGAACUCUGGCUUUGCUGAUAAAGCAUGUAUCAUCAGGGAGAUAAUUCAAGAUUCUUUUAACUCA